AGCGCCGCCGUAACGGACAUGGUUGUAAACGGGAGACCAAUUAAGAGGAUGAAGAUGAGAGUCACAGCUGAUCUCUAUAACUUCCUCACCUUCCCUGCAUCCUCCUCGCUUCCUCCACCUCGCGGUCCUUUCAGAUCCAACGUCAGGUCGUUUUUAACUGAACACGCGCUGUUACCUCCCCCCUCCUCGCUUUUCCCCCAUCUGCUCACAUGGCAAAUCUCGUUUCGAGUCGGUGACUUAGUGGAAUCUGGUGGUGGAGAGGCGGGGUCGGCGGUGGUUUCUUUGGAUGUGGUGGAGGAGGAUGUGGCUAGAUCUAGAACUGUUUACUGUGAUCAGUGUCGAGUUGUUGGUUGGAGUGAACAUCCAGUAUGCAGUAAGCGUUACCAUUUUAUCAUUAAAGGUGACGGUAACUCCAUUGGUGGGUAUCAUAAGCCAUGCACUUGCUGCGGAGACAUCCUGCAUUUGCCUGAAUCAAGGUGCAAGGCAUGUGACCAUGUAAUAACUGCAGAUGAUGUAGAAGAGUGGGUCUUUCACCAGUUGGAAGACACCACUCAUCUUUUACACGGGGUCAUCCAUGCAAAUGGUUACGGGCACCUUCUUAGGGUAAAUGGCAAAGAAGGGGGCUCCAGGGUCCUUUCUGGAUGCCAUAUCAUGGACUUUUGGGAUCGGUUAUGUAAAAGUCUUGGAGUCAGAAAGGUCAGUGUGAUGGAUGUAUCAAAGAAGUAUGGUAUAGAGUACAGGCUACUUCAUGCUAUCACUAAAGGCCAUUCGUGGUAUGGUGACUGGGGCUAUGAGUUUGGUGCUGGCAGUUUUGGUUUGACAGUUGAUGCCUACAAGUCAGCCGUUGAAACACUCUCCAGCCUUCCUUUGUCCAUCUUUCUUUCCGAAGGACAGAAAACACGCACUCGCUUGCAGGACACAAUAAAGUUUUACCAAUCUUUGUCAGACCAUGAGCUUGUAAAUACUAGAGAUCUUUUCUGUUAUUUGACAAGUUUGAUCCACGAUGCUCACAAGUCUACCUCAGGGGUUGAUGAUUCUAGUUGCAAGAAGUGUCCUUUUUAUGCACCGGGGAUUUCUCCUUCAUGGACUCGGGGUGAUAUUGAACGUGUUGAAGAAGCCAUGUUUAGAGUACUACGAGCGGUGUCUGGGUCCAACUGGGUAAGUUGGCGUGCACUAAGAGGCGCAGUUUUCAAAGUGGCUCCUCCAGAGCUCCUUGAUCAUUGCCUGAAAGAACUUGGAGGGAAAUUUGCAGCUGAUGGAAUGAUUGUUAGCUCUCGAUGCAAUCCUAGUUCAGGUGCUUUUGAUUACAGACUGGAACCUGGAAAUCCUACCUUAAAUAGCUCUGCUGCUGCCAUUGGCUCUUCUGUCAUUAACUGCCCUUCUGAAGAAAACCUUAUACAGGACCUGAGAUUCCUUUAUGAAAACAUGCUACUCCCUCAAACAAUGUUGAGCUUUGGACAUGAGGUCACAAGUGAUGCUCGGAUCAUCUCAGCCAGGAAACUUCUGGACUGCAAGCAGUUCAUGAAGGACUACAACAAGUGCGAAACAACGGUGGUGUCUGUACCAAAUUCUAUAUCCCUGUCAUGUGAGGUGGUGAUUGUUGAUCGGUUGGAAGAAAAUGUCCCAAAUCUCCCCCCAGAAACAGUAGUCUUGCCUUCAAGUGCUACAGUAUUUGAUCUCAAGCGAGAAGCAUCCAGGGCGUUUCAAGAUGUGUAUUUGAUGUUCAGAAGAUUCCAUGCUGAAGAGCUUCUCGGCUAUAGUGGUGUUGAUGAUUCCACCCAGGUCAAGCUCCUGAUAGGGUCAACUGAAUCUGUUCAGCUCCGAGGGAGAUGCCUUGGAAAAAAUGGUCUUGGUAAAUUUAGAAUGGAAAGAGGAACCGAGGGAUGGACUGUGGACUGCUGCUGUGGGGCAAAAGACGAUGAUGGAGAGAGAAUGUUAGCUUGUGAUGUCUGUGGAGUGUGGCAACACACCAGGUGUUCUGGCAUUCCGGAUUCCGAUUCAGUGCCUACCAAGUUUGUCUGUCUUAGAUGUAGAGGAUCCAGCCUCUGAAGAGACGAUAACUUACCACGUUGGUGGCAAUGGCAGAAGCUGUGGAAAGAGGAUGCCUCCAAAAAUCAAGAGGCUUUAAAUGUUCUCUUUUCCAUCGUUUUCAUAGGCUAGUUUUUCCUCCAAUGCUAGGGUGAAUAUGUACACAUCAAAUGCAGUUGUGGUCUCUCUUUCCAGCGCUGGUCUGGCGUGUUGUUGUCUUUUCUGUACAUAAACCCUAACCAAGUCUAAAAAAGAAGGAAUUAGCAUGGAUGUCAACUGUGAAUUCGUAUUUACCUGCUUGAUCCCUGCCUCGAUUAGCUGUGUAGGAUGGAUGGGGAGUUUUUUGACU